GUCACCCUGUUGCCGUGCGCGGCGCGGGAAAGAUGGGGCGCGCGUGGAUGCUGUUCACGGCGGUUACGUUGUUGUUCACUUCACAAACAGGCUUGUCCAAACCAAUCAUCACUCCUGAUAGUCCUCACCUGGUAAUUCUGAAGGGUGGGCAACUAGAGCUGCGCUGUCAAGACGAUGUGGAAACGGGUGCAGGUAUAGUGCGAUGGCAGCGGGAGAAGGUCAAGAGGAUUGAGGGAGACAGAGAGGAAGAUGGGGCCGUCAUCAUCAGCCUUGUCUCCACCCAGCCACAGCACAUGGGCCGCUACACUUGUGAAAACACUCAAACAGGAGAGAAGAGUUCCAUUUACGUUUAUGUGAAAGAUCUGGAGAAUGUGUUUGUUCGCUCCAUGGUGAACGGUCUGCUGGUGAGAGAGGGGAAGGACUGCACUCUGCCGUGUCUGGUGACGGAUCCGGUCGUGACUGAUCUCUCACUAGUCACUUGCUCCGAUGCCCCCCUGCCAGCUGACCUCUCCUACAGCACCAAUCCUCAAAAAGGCAUCACCAUUCACAAUGUGUCCAAGGCUUUCGAGGGAUGUUAUGUUUGCACUGGUGUCAUGGGCGGUGUCACCAUGAUGUCGAACCAGUACGACGUGGACGUGCGCCUAGUUCCAGACUCAGUACCAGUGAUCACUCUGUCCAUGCCAGAGAAUGUGAUACUGAUCCAGGAUCAGGAGCUUCAGGUCAUCUGCAGCACCACUAACAUUAACCAUGACUUCCAUGUGACCUGGAACUUACCUCUAGAAGGGAAGGCGAUGGAGUCACACAACUCUCACAUCUUGCCUGGUUCCCGUGGCUACAAGCGCACAGCAAUACUGUGGAUUAGCAGCGUGAAGACAACUGACUCAGGAAUCUAUAUCUGCAAGGCCCGAAAUGAGAGAGGUGUCUCUACAGCUACUGUUAACCUGAAUGUGUAUGAGCGCGGCUUCAUUAAUGUAACAGAAGAGGAGGAUAGGGCUCUGGAGGUGAGAGAAGGCGAGAGUCUUACACUGCGAGUGGAAAUGACCUCCUACCCCAAACCCAGUGCUGCCUACUGGACCUAUAACAACCAGCUGCUCAAAAACACAUCAGAGCAUGUCAUCACACUACACAACAAUGAAUACAGGUACAUCAGUGAGCUGAAACUGGUUCGCGUUCAUGGCUCAGAGGGUGGCUUCUACAGUUUCUCAGCCAAUCACGAUUAUGCAUCUGUCAAUCAAUCGUUUAUCGUCCAUGUCAUUUGUAAGCCUAUGAUUGUUUCUCAGGAGGGUCCCAUUGAUGGACAGGUGAGGUGUGUCGCAUCAGGAUAUCCUGUCCCAAAAAUCUCCUGGUAUUACUGCGAACCUCCACACACACGAUGCUCCCAGCUGCUGAACGCCACACAAGAACACGAUGAUGCUGCCAUAGUAACAGUGUCGGGGUCAGAGUUCGGCCGGACUGAGGUGGAGAGCCGCCUCAACAUCAGCAAAGGAAAAAACCACACCCUGGAGUGUGUAGCAACAACACAGGGGGAACAGGCGUACACACUGUUCUCCAUCAGUGAGCGGACAGUUCCUCAUAAACUUUUCACCCCUCUACUGACUGGAGUCGUAUCAGCUUCUGUAUUGCUCACUCUGUUUCUGAUUGUGCUCCUCUACAAGUACAUGCAGAAACCUAAAUACGAGAUCCACUGGAAGGUGAUUGACAGCAUCCAUGGCAACAGCUACACAUAUAUCGACCCCACCCAGCUGCCUUAUGAUCCCAAGUGGGAAUUCCCAAGAGAGAGACUGCGCUUUGGUAAAAUCCUCGGCUCUGGAGCUUUUGGUAAAGUGGUGGCAGCUACUGCAUAUGGCCUUUGCUCACCUGACACAGUCACCACUGUUGCGGUUAAGAUGCUCAAGCCGAGUGCUCACUCUACUGAAAAGGAGGCUCUGAUGUCAGAGCUGAAGGUUCUCAGUUACCUCGGCAACCACAUGAAUAUUGUCAACUUGCUUGGUGCCUGUACGGUAGGAGGUCCUACUCUGGUGAUCACAGAAUAUUGCUGCUAUGGUGAUCUACUGAACUUCCUGAGGAGAAAGAGAGAUGCUUUUUUCAGCUCUAAAACAGGUGACGGAUACUACAAAAACCUUCUCAGUCAAACACAGCCUUCAAGGGAAGGCACAGAAAAUGGCUACGUGCCUAUGAGAUCCUAUCAGAAGAGAUCAAAUCAGACAGAAUGGAGUGAUGAUAAGGACGACUUAUCUCUUGAUACAGAGGAUUUGCUCAGCUUCUCCUAUCAAGUGGCUAAAGGCAUGGACUUCCUCACUUCCAAAAAUUGUAUCCAUAGAGAUCUGGCUGCAAGAAAUGUUUUGCUGACUCAGGGUCGGGUUGCCAAGAUUUGUGAUUUUGGUCUGGCUCGUGACAUCACCAAAGACUCCAACUACGUGUUAAGAGGAAACGCACGUCUCCCGGUGAAAUGGAUGUCGCCAGAGAGUCUGUUUUCAUGUGUGUACACAUUUGAAAGUGAUGUCUGGUCUUAUGGCAUCUUACUGUGGGAGAUCUUCUCUCUGGGUAACAGCCCAUAUCCUGGAGUUCCAGUUGGCUCUAUGUUUUACAAGAUGAUACAGGAUGGAUACAGGAUGAGUGAGCCAGAAUUUGCUCCAAGUGAAAUCUAUGAGGUAAUGAGAUGGUGUUGGAGCGCUGAUCCUCUGAAGAGACCAACCUUCAAAAAACUAGUGGAGAGGACAGAAAUGCUGCUCUCAGAAACCACAAAACAUGUUUACUUGAACCUCAGCAGCGGAACCAACAACAGCAUUGAUGCAGCAGAUCCUCCAGGCCUGCAGAGAGCACAGUCCCAACGGCUGAGUUCAGUGAGCAGCACCACGGCACCAACUGAGCCUCUGCUGCCGUCCACCAAUGAUGUCUUUCUGGAACACGGGACGUGCUGAGAAUCACUCGGUCUUGCUCAGCCUUUCAGAUCAAAGACCUCAUGCUUCCUUUAGUGCCCAGCUCAUUGUUCUUUUUUUCUCCAUUUUGUUUCAGGUCAGACUUUCAUUCCAUUUUACACAAACAACCAUUUGCCUUUUUUUUCCACUGUGGUUUACAUACAUUACCUUUUUUCUUCUUUUCAUCUAUUAGCCUUGUCUUCCGUGUCAGUCUUAGCUGUGCAUGGCCAUCUCGUCUGUGCAGUGUAACUGCUGAUAUGUUUACCUAAAUGCAGCUGAGCACUAUUUUACUGUAUUGAUCCAUGCAGUAUUCUAAGCGCAUGAAGAGCUGAGUUGACAGUAUCUUAAGAGUCAGCCCAUUAACUGAUACUUAGUGUACUAGCAUCAGAUAGACGGCCAUUAGCCGAACAUCAUUACAACAUGGACAUACUAAGGUUCAUUGAGAUUAAUAACCAACUGUGGUGAUGACAUAGUCAUGUAAUUAGAAAAUCUAUCGAAGGUUAGGAGUAGGUUGUUCGGAUGUUUUUAUAUUAUUGCUUCUCCUGAUAGUAAUCGAAUCAGAAAUGUUCAGAAAUUUCAUGGGCAUCCUGUUUCUCUUCCACAGAUUCUUAAACAUCUCUGCAGCUUUGUCAUUGUGAUAUAAAAAGUGUUUUUGUGUGAAAUAGUUCACUGGAGAGAAACUUGCAGUGGUGGUGAUAGGAACCAGGGGUCGUGAUGUCUACAACAUCAAUAAAAAUCAUUUUAUUUACUACCAGUGAACCUACACUUGUCUUUUGUGGUUUUAUAUGCAGGGUUGAUGGUAUAAUAGUGGUAAAUCUGAAAAAAUACAUUUUAUUUGGGGACUAUUUUGCUGUCAAACGUAAUAAUGAACUAA